UUCCUCCGUUUUUGCUUCAGUGCUUCAUACAGGAAAUCUAUUGCUGUGUCAAGUUCCAGAGAAGAGGUUCUUCUGUUCCAACUUACUAAUCAGCCUAAAACACAUAGUGGAAGGAAGAGGCUGGUAGAAAGGGAGUGUCCUGGUGCUGAUGGCCUAAGAGGAUCCAGCCGGGAGCUGCUAACCAGAGAGAGCCCCACCAUGUCCAGAGCUCCUUUCACACCUGUGGGGAGGCAAAGUACCAAGUAGGCAGAAUACAAGAAAUCAGAAAUGCCCCGCACUUGGAGAACUUCUAAGCUAUGGCUUCUACUGAUGUUGACUGUCUUCUUAGUGCCCGGGUAUGUACCUGCAGGAGUGCAAAGUUCUGGGACACCAAGAAACUUAACACAGCAGCAAAUGGAUAAGGCCAAUUACAGUUUGGCUACAACAAAUAAGUCAUCUGUGGAAGGAAAGCAGAGCAAGCUCACACCUCCUGUGGAAGCUAACACUUCUCGGUCUGCACCUGUGGCGACAAAGGCUGUGCUCACUUGCCCUUCUGUCAGCUUAACAAAUGUGCUGAUAAUAAGGUGGGAAAUAAACCUCCGAGACAAGCCUUCCUGCAUCAGAGCCUACAGGAGAGAUAACAAUGAGACCAGUGAAAGAAACUGUACCGACGAGAGAAUAUCCUGGGAGUCCAGACCCGAUCAGAAUCCUGCCCUUCAGAUUGAUCCCGUGGCCACCACUCAUGAUGGAUAUUACAGGUGUGAAGUGGCCGCACCUGAUGGGAAUUUCGGUCUUGGAUAUCACCUCCAAGUGUUAGGUAAGGUGCAUGACAUAUUGGGGUACGUCAGAGAAGCAGAUCUGGGACUGAACCAAAUCUCUCUCUAUUCCAUACCCCACGUGUUAAGCCUGAACGAGGUGACCCUGUUUCGAGGCAGCAAUGGAACCCUCGUGUGCAGGGCAGCUGCAGGGAAGCCAGCUGCACAGAUCUCCUGGACCCCAGGGGGAGACUGUCACACUGCGGAACAACAGUUGGGCAAUGGCACAGUGACCGUCCUGAGUACAUGCCGCUGGGAGGACCGCCAGGUGUCUAACGUGUCCUGCUCUGUCUCCCACGUGACCGGCAACAAGACUCUGUCCUUAGAGCUGAAUCCAGGUGACCAAUCACCACUGAAAUUAACUAUUUUAUCUAUCACCUCCUCUAUUUUGAUUACCUUGGUCAUUGUGGGAUUCAUUGUGGGAUCCAUUUUGAAAAUCGAUUGCUGCAGAAAAUGCAAAUUAAAAAAAAUGGAAGCUCCUUCAGUUGUUGAGGAGGAGGAAAUGCAGCCUUACGCCAGCUACACAGAGAAGAACAAUCCACUCUAUGACACUGUGAGCAAGUGAAGAGGUUUCAGGUUUUACAAAGUGAAGUUGAUGGGUUGUGUCUCCAUGCUUCAUAAGUUAUUGGAAUCUAGCAACAGAACAAAUGAAUAAAGAUACAGCAGGGCUACUCUUUUGAUUUUCUUAGAGUCCUAGUAUGGAAAACCUAUUUUGGAAUUAACUUUUCAAGGAUUCUGAGAAGAUAGAGAUUUUUAAAAGGUUUUCAUACAUAUCCUUAUAUAUGAAAAUUUUAGAAUGUUAGCUGCUAUUAGCUAGUUCUCUGAAGAACUGAUAUUGUUACAAAGAAAGCAAAUGCUAUGAUAAAAUAUUCAAAUUGUUUAGUAUAGUAGAUAAUGAAAACUGAAUUUCUUCAAGAAAGAACUCUGCAGAAGGAACAAUCAACAUAUUUUAUGUAUUCUUCCAGAAAAUUUUAUGUAUAUAUAUCUGUACACCAAGGUAUGGAUAUACAUUCAUAAGACUAUUUACAUAUAUAUACACAUAUCCUUGUCAAUACACAAAUGGGAACAUAUCAUGAUGCUCUUCUGCACUUAUAGAAAGCUAAUAAUAUGAUAGGUCUUGGAGAUCUUUUAUAUCAAUACAAGCAGAGCUACCUCAUUCUUUUUAAUGGUUAUAAAAUUCCAUUGUAUGGUUAUGUCCUAAUUUAAUUAACUACAGUCCUAGUGGUAGACAUUUAGAUUGCUUUAAGUUUUAUUUGUUUGUUUUGGUAUUAUAAACAAUACCACAUAAAAUGUUUCUUGUGGAUAGAUCUCUUUAUAUUUGUUUAAGUAUAUUUAUAGAAUAAUUUCCCUGAGUGGAAUUUCAGGUCAAAAGGGUUUGUGCAUUUUUUUUAUUGAUUAUCAAAUUGUAUCAAUUUACAUUCCCUUCAACCAUGUUUGAAUGUGCCUUUCCAUAUACUGUUAUUUUAAUAUCUGCAAGAUUCCUACUUCUUGUUUUUAAUCAACCAGUUAACUAAUGUGAUGUAAGAUUAUAAUAAAAAUUACACUAUUUGGCAAAACUGGAUUUAUGUUUUCCUGUCAUGUUGAUGAGAAAGCAGGAAUAAGAGAGAGGGAACACAUGUGAGGAAUUACUUUCUGAACUCAUAUCUCAAUAGAGAUUGAUAGCUAGUGCCUAAUAGUUUUGCAGAUAUGAUAAACUGAAAUUGUGUAUUUUUAUGAUGUACAUUUUAUUGUGAGGUAUUUAGCAAAUAACAGAUGUUCAUCGAGUAUAUAAGCAGCUAAAUAAGCAUUAUGAAGAACUUGGUUAUCCAUAAAAUAUGGUCUCUGUGCUGAGAGAAUGGCCGAAGGAUGACAUGACCCUUGCCCUCAAUUUUUCUGUGGAAUAU